CCCCAUCUUCACCAAUCACAACCACCUUAAAUUCUCCUCUCCUCUCCUCCCCCCCCCAAAAAAAAAAAUGGCGAUCAGGAAAUCCAGCAAACUCUCUCAAGCAGCAACUCUGAAACAAAUCAUGAAACGAUGCUCUAGCUUGGGCAAGAAACACGGCUACGACGAAGACGGCCUCCCCGUCGACGUCCCCAAAGGCCACUUCGCCGUCUACGUGGGCAAAAACCGCAGCCGCUACAUCGUCCCCAUCUCCUUCCUCUCUCACCCCCAAUUCCAAUGCCUGCUUCACAGAGCAGAGGAGGAGUUCGGAUUCGACCACGAAAUGGGCCUCACUCUUCCCUGCGAAGAGGUUUUUUUCAGAUCGCUCACUUCCAUGAUCCGAUGAACCAAUUUCCGCCUCUCAAUUUGCCUCCUUUUUUUGGAGAGAGAUUCCCAAGAGGAUAAUUUUUUCCUCUUUUUUUAACAUCUUUCUUCCUAUAUUUAUUUGGAGGGAUCUGUGAUAUUAGCCAUGAUUUUGGGUGCUUGCUUUUGUAUCUAACUGGAUUGUGGGUUGGAUUUGUAAAGGAGAUCGAUGUUUGUGAUUUUUCCUCGCAGAGGUGUUUGCUUACACCCUGUGAGAGAAUUUUAAUGUUAAAUCAACCACGUUUUUUCACAAA